AUGGGCUCUCAGAUAUUUAGGCGUGUUAAUUUUUUGAACCGGUUGCUGUUGCUAUUGUCUCUGGAGUGUCCUUUUGCUGCUACUUAUUUUGAGUUAUCCACCUUGAGCAGUAAUUCAACUCAGUACAAGCCUGACCAUCAUGAUGCUGAGGGCUCUGCUCAGGAUGAGAGACUGAAUGUUUUUACAGUGGAUUAUAACUAUGUGCAAAUUCCCUAUGAAGUUACACUUUGGAUACUUCUUGCAUCUCUUGCAAAAAUAGGUUUCCAUCUCUACCACCGACUGCCAAGCCUCAUGCCGGAAUGCUGCCUUCUGAUAGUUAUCGGGGCACUGGUUGGAGCAAUCAUUUUUGGCACUGAUCACAAAUCCCCACCAGUUAUGACUACCAACAUUUACUUCCUGUAUCUCCUCCCACCCAUUGUCCUUGAGGAGGGGUACUUUAUGCCCACUCGCCCCUUUUUUGAAAAUUUUGUGUCCAUCCUGUGGUGGUCUGUCCUGGGAUCCCUCCUGAAUGCCUUUGGCAUCGGACUCUCUCUCUAUGGGAUCUGCCAGAUCGAAGCCUUUGGUCUCACUGAUGUUAACCUGCUGCAGAACUUACUCUUUGGCAGCCUGAUUUCAGCUGUGGAUCCCGUGGCGGCACUAGCUGUUUUUGAAGAGGCCUCUGUUAAUGAGCAGCUUUACAUGAUGAUAUUUGGAGAGUCUUUGCUAAAUGAUGGAAUUACUGUGGUGUUAUAUAACAUAUUCAUCGCCUUCACCCAGAUGCACCGAUAUGAAGAGAUUGAACCUGUUGAUGUUCUUGCUGGAUUUGCUCGUUUCUUUGUAGUAGGACUAGGCGGAGUGCUGUUUGGCAUCGUGUUUGGAUUUGUUUCGGCAUUCAUGACUCGAUUUACACAGAACAUUUCUGCCAUCGAACCACUGCUUGUCUUCAUGUUCAGCUAUUUGUCAUAUUUGUCUGCUGAAACCCUCUACAUCUCAGGCAUUCUGGCGAUGACGGCAUGUGCAGUGACUAUGAAAAAAUAUGUGGAGGAGAAUGUUUCCCAGAAUUCCUACACAACCAUAAAGUACUUCAUGAAGAUGCUGAGCAGUGUCAGCGAGACCCUGAUUUUCGUGUUCAUGGGAGUGUCCACAGUUGGAAGGAACCACGAGUGGAACUGGGCCUUUGUUUCCUUCACUCUGCUCUUCUGCUUGAUUUGGCGUGUGCUAAGUGUGUUUGCUCUCUUUUAUAUCAGCAACAAGUUUCGGACUUAUCCCUUCACCAUUAAAGACCAGCUCAUUAUUGCCUACAGUGGCCUUCGAGGAGCCAGUAGUUUCUCUCUUGCAUUUUUGCUUCCGAUGUAUCUCUUCCCUAGAAAGAACAUGUUCAUUACGGCUACUCUUGUAGUUAUAUAUUUCACCGUGUUCAUUCAGGGAAUCACAAUUGGUCCACUGGUCAAGUAUCUAGAUGUUAAAAAGACUAACAAGAAAGAGUCCAUCAAUGAAGAGAUUCAUGUACGAAUGAUGGAUCACUUGAAGGCUGCAAUUGAAGAUAUAUGUGGGCAUUGGAGUCACUAUCAACUGAGAGACAAAUUUAAAAAGUUUGACACUAAAUAUCUAAAGAAAAUCCUGAUCCGGGAGAACCAGCCCAAAUCCAGCAUUGUAUCUCUGUACAAGAAACUGGAAAUCAAACAGGCCAUUGAGAUGGCAGAGAGUGGGAUGAUAAGUUCAGCUGCAUCGACAGCUUCUCUCCAGAGCUAUAGAAAUCAAAGAAUGCAUAGGCUUUCCCCUGAAGAGGUGGAGUCCAUGCGGGAUAUGCUGGCACAUAGUCUGUAUCAAGUACGACAAAGGACUCCGUCAUAUAACAGACACAACCUGCCAACAGAAACAAGCGAGAAACAAGCCAAAGAAAUUCUCAUCCAUCGCCAGAACAGCCUGAGGCAGAGUGUCAGGAAAGGAAACAGCUUACCUUGGGGGAAACCGGCUAGCACCAAAAAUGUGCGUUUCCUCUCUUUACCGUAUGGUACUCAUCAUCCAGCUAGACGAAAAGCAAGGCAUGAUGCUUCUACAGGUGAUUACAACAGUGAUUCUGAUUCAAUGGUCUCCAUCAUGUUCAGUCCACAGCUCCGAGCAGGCUCACUUGGAGCAAACCGUCGUCAGCAGGAGAUGGUUCCGAUGGAGCAGUUAGAUAGAAGAGAGAAACUGUCAGAUUUUGCUGGUCAGAGGGGAACCCCAAGCAAGCAGGAUCACACAGCUAGAAUAAGAAGACCGGCUUUAAUGCCAAAGCCCCAGUUUGAUGCAGUAUUUGAAGAAGAAAUACAGGGAUAUGAAUCAGAAGAGGAGGAAGAAGCAGUCGCGGCAUCAAGGCCAUCAGUCAAAUGGGCAGCUGAGAAAAGAAAUGUAAGACAUUUCCACAAAGCCCCAAGCUCCCCAUUCUGGAGAAAAUAG